AUGCCAAGUGAUCGACAGUUCGACAUUAUCAGUACUAACCGAUCAUUGACCAGGAAAGCGAAGAAUCAAAGGCGUUUACUGGACCAAUUUACUAAUCGCUGGAGAACGGAGUAUCUAUUAAGCCUUCGAGAGACAUCGCGCGUUCUUCAUGGAACAGAAAAGGAAACAAUAGCCGUUGGUGACGUAGUUGUGUUGAAGAAUGACUCAACUCCACGAAUGUUUUGGAAGCUUGCACGAGUCAAGGAGCUCAUAAAAAGUCAGGACGGUGUAAUUCGGGCAGCAAAGAUUUGCGUGGUAAAUUCGGGAAAAGGGCGUGUGAUUGAAUUACGACGGCCUAUACAACAUUUAAUUCCUCUGGAGCUGAAAUUGAGUCCAGAUACAGAAAACGAUGUGUUUCCAGCUGUUGAAAGUGCACCGAAAGAAGAAGAAUCGACCAGACAGCGACCGAGACGAACUGCGGCGGUAGCUGGAGAACUUUUACGAAAGGGGAUGAGAUAA